UUAGUUGCAUGAUGAGAGUUUGCAGAUAGAGGAUGAAAUCUUUGAGUGGUGUGGGGCUUGGUUUGAGUAUUGUUUUUGGAUGCCUUUUGUUAGCUCUUGUUGCAGAACUUUAUUAUUUGUUAUGGUGGAAGAAGAGGUUUACUAGCAGAGAUAUUGAGAAUGAUUACGGUAACCCAGCUAGAGAGUUGCUUUAUAUGUUUUGUUGGAAGAGGCCAUCAGCAUCUUCCAUGAGCAGCAGAGCUUUGAAUCCUCAAGAGCUGAGGAUUGCAGAUACACUUGUUCAAGAAUCACAGUCUCAUCAACUCUCAAACAAGGACUUAUUGCUCAAGCCUUUUGGUGAUCAUGAUGAUGUGGAGACGGAGCUUAUGAGGCUGCACAGUCUCUCAGGGCCACCGAGGUUUCUCUUCACAAUUAUUGAGGAGACAAAGGAGGAUUUGGAGUCUGAAGAUGGAAAAUCUAGAGUUGACAACAAGAGUAGAAAAGGGUCAAGGAGUAGGAGCUUGAGUGAUCUGCUUCUCACUGUUGAGACUCCAUAUCUGACCCCUCUUGCUUCCCCACCAUUUUUCACUCCUCCUCUUACCCCACUGGAGUUUGGUUAUAACCAACAGGGAUUCAAUCCCCUAUUUGAAUCAUCAGCAGAUGCAGAGUUCAACAGGAUUAGAUCUUCUCCUCCUCCAAAAUUCAAGUUCUUGCAAGAUGCAGAGGAGAAACUUCAUAAGAGAAAAUUGAUGGAAGAUGCAGAGAAAAAGGUUCAAACUGGGGACGCUUUUAUGCAAGAAAAUGGAGAUAAGGCAUCUCCCAGUUCAAAGUUUCUCAAAGAAGAGGAAGAUGGACCUUUUAUCACACUCAUUGUUGAUAGGAGCAAAGAGAUGGGAUUUAAUCUUAAUUAUCACCAUCAACAGCAACCACAAUACCAUUCAGGCGAGCUUCUGUCCCGUUUAGCAGAGUAAUUUCUUCGAACAGUUGGUGUGCGAGUCGUUAGAACUGGGAGAUAUGAAGGGUAACAAGGCAAAGCUUUUAACACUUGCAGAGAAAUGCAAGAAUAUACUUGCCUCAAACUGGAAAGGUCACCUCAAUACGAUUAAAGCGGAUGCCAAA